CUACCGCAGUUAGACCGAGUCCGCUCGCGCAUUCGCAUUAAUUUCCAAUCCGCGGUGUGUGCUCUUUCGCCGGCCUCUCCUCUCCGUUUCGUCGUCGGUCCAUCACGGUCUCCUCGAGAAGCGGGAUCUUGGGUCUUUGCCGACUUUCGACCAUCAUUGCCGCGCGACCGUUAUCCGUUAUCCGCAUCCUAACGGGGCGAAUUAACGAAAACGGUACCGUCGACGGAAAGAGAUGACCGUGGAUUCGAGCACCGUGGAAACGUCCCGCACGAGAGGAGAAGGAAACGCGUGACACGCGCGUCUCUAGCAAUCUAAUUGCUUGCCGAGACUUUUUCAUCGCCCGUCUCCUUCGUUGUCUUUGAAUACAAAAAUUGAAAGAAUUUAUUUCGUCGCGCGCAAAAUUUUCGUCCCAUGAGAGCAAGAGUGGAAAAGGGAUAGAGAACGACAGAUUAGCCGUGUCGCAGGAUACUUGUAUAUCGCGCAGAGGAAACGAGCGUCGAAAAGGAUCCGGCAGUGUGUUGAUGUGCAGUGAUCAGGAAAUUGGUGCGCACCGGAGUCUCGCCGGAAGUAAAGUCCUUUGAUUCGACGGCAGCUGAGGGAAGAUCGAGACGCGGUUCACCCUCGAUCCGUAUAGUAGCAAAUUUGAUUUUUUACGUCGUUGAUACGUGGGGUUGAAUUACCUUCUUCGUGGUUCCGUCGUCGUGACGACACCGAAGAUCUUCGACAGCCGCGAUGAUGGAAACAUGAGGGUUCUGGAAUAUCGUGCACUCGAUCGACGCAGUUCCAAGCCUGUCGACCAUAAAUGACCGAUGUGACGCAGCCCAUCAGGAAUAUUUUCACGCAAAAUGAUUCGUGCCCUUGUCCUUCUCUGCAUGGCCGUUCUACCUCUUGUACGAUGCCACAAGAUCCACGAACACAUGACAAGGGAGGAGAUGUUAUCGGUGUUUCACACGGGACACGAGUCUGUACCGACGUACGAAGUUAUACCUGUGUUGCAUUCAAUGCACAAGAGAAGUACAGAGAAGCCGGAGAUACACCUGAAGGCCUUCGGCAAGGACAUCAGUCUGUCGCUGAAGCCUACGGAAGGGUUGCUGACAGCGAACCACUUGCCUAUGUGGACUGUCACGAAGAACGCGUCGCAACCUGGUGGCCUCCACUAUGAAAAGGUGACGAAUGCCGACGUAGAUAUCGGUGACAUCUAUCAAGACACGACGAACAUGGCGUCAAUUCUGCUGCACCGGGACGCGAAUGGGAAAGUGCUCGUUGAUGGUAAUAUCGGUGCAGAACUAGUGAUUCGACCAUUGCCAGAUAGGAUAUUAAAUGAAGUAGUAAACAAGAACUCGAAUCUUCACGGAGAAGAGUUGCUGCCAAACGUAACGCGAAGUAAAGGGAACUUGAAGCGCACGAGCCAUCACGUGGUGUACAAGAAAGUGACUCGUCCAAACGGCGACGAGUACAGCGAUUUCACGCUGAUGGAGCCCGAUCACUUGGCCAAGAGGUACAGAUCGAAACGAUCGAUCGCCGCCAGAACAAAGAGGGAAGCACCGUAUGUGAUCUACCCGGAAAUCCUCUGCAUCGUCGACUAUGAUGGAUAUAGAUUACAUGGCGGUGAUAACGUGCAAAUCAAAAGAUACUUCGUGUCCUUCUGGAACGGAGUAGACCUAAGGUACAAGCUGUUAAAAGGGCCAAAGAUCCGCAUCAGUAUCGCUGGAAUCAUUAUAUCACGGGGCAGAGAUGCUACACCGUAUUUGGAAAGAAAUCGCGUCGGACGAGACGCGAUCGAUUCGGCAGCUGCGUUGACCGACAUGGGCAAAUAUCUCUUCCGAGAGAGACGACUUCCGGUGUACGACAUCGCCGUCGCUGUCACAAAAUUAGAUAUGUGCAGGAGGCAAUACGCGAAUGACGUGUGCAAUAGAGGAACCGCAGGAUUCGCGUAUGUGGGUGGAGCUUGUGUCGUGAAUAAGCGUCUGGAAAAGGUGAAUUCGGUCGCUAUUAUCGAAGACACAGGCGGAUUUAGCGGAAUUAUCGUUGCAGCCCACGAAGUUGGUCAUUUGCUGGGCGCAGUUCACGAUGGCUCACCGCCACCUAGCUAUCUCGGAGGACCAGGAGCCGAAAAAUGUCGUUGGGAGGAUGGCUACAUAAUGAGCGAUCUCAGACACACAGAGAAAGGCUUUAAGUGGUCCCAUUGCAGCGUAUCGUCGUUUCAUCAUUUCUUGAACGGCGACACAGCAACGUGUUUGUACAACGCACCUCACGAAGACGAAGCUCUUCCUAGAGUUUUACCUGGGAAGCUUCUUUCGUUGGAUGCGCAAUGUCGGAAAGAUCGUGGAACGAGCGCCUGUUUCAAAGACGACAGAGUUUGUGCUCAACUAUUUUGCUUUGACGCUGGCUCAGGAUAUUGUGUGGCAUAUCGUCCAGCGGCCGAAGGUUCUCCUUGCGGAGACGGCCAGUAUUGCCUAAACGGAAAGUGCGUGGCCGAACACGAAAAUAUUAUCCCAGAUUAUACGCAAAACAUUCCAACGUACGUGCGCCGAGAUAGCAGUUUCAACCCGACAGCCCACAAUCGGCCUCUGUAUGCUCAAUAUAACAACACAGACUACAGGUAUCCGUGGGAAUCGACGACAUACAGCACGCCACAAUCGAAAUUUAAAUACUCCUCGCCGUCGUCGAAUCUCUUCUCGUCGACGAGCAAUCCUUACAAACGCGUCACAUCGUUCGCCACUACCCCGGCGACCAAAUACACCUACACCACUGCCAGUUAUCUGUACGUCAAUAAAUACAAGACUAAAGUAAAUAUUAGUAACGAUGCUAGUUAUAGUAAGAACGGAUACGCUGGUGGUACUACUACUAGGAAUUAUUCGUACUAUACAGUUAGUCCGAUAUCAAAGAUCAACGAUCUGAAUUAUCCGAAAAUUAGCCCGUUCAGACAUAAGGGCACGGUGAGCAUGGUGUUAGCAACAGCAGACGAAAAGGAUCAGAACGGGCCUCAAAACGAUGCUCGCGAACCAGAGGACGAUGAGUGCACGGACGUGGGGUCAGAUUGCGCGGAGCUGAUUGACAGGCUGAGGACAUGGCUGUGCCAUUUGCAAUCUGCGAAAAGCCGCUGCUGCGCGUCCCUAAAGACGAUCUGCGCCGCUUGAUGUGCAACUUUGAACGUAGUCCUUCCUGUUCGUUAAGGAGUUCACGUGGCUACGCAUCCAGAGACCACCACAGAUCCGAAAUCGAACACUCGGCGCGCACUCAGCACGCGUUCAGCUCAUCGAGCAGACCAUAUUCUCCAUUGAGAGACUGGGACUUAGACGAAUCAUGUGAUCUACGAUGUCGUUCGGUCAGCAUUAUCUUUAAAAGACGGACAUCUUACCAAGUUCUUAAAUGCGCUCCCGGUCGAAACCACAUGAAAAACGAAUGUAUAAUUCAAUUUAUUAAGUAGUUACAUAAUCUCACUGUGUUACCCAGAGUAUAAUUUCGUCCUUUCUACUUUCUCUUCUCUUUUUCUUGUCUUCUUUCUUUCUUCUUUUCUGAUGCAAUAAUUCCGCGAUACGAUAAUUGUUUACGAUAGUACCGCAGGAGCUUUGUACAGACAACAGGUGUGAAGUUAUAAAUAUGUCGAGUACGAACAAAAAUGUUCGAUCAAUGUAUCUGAUAGAUUCGAUCGUAUAUUUAUUCGAUGCAUCGCGCGGGAGACUUUUGUGUUACGAUAGAAAUACGAUACAUGCGUAUUAGUACGAACGCGCAAGUGCACGCCAAAAAACGAGCUUCCCCUAAAAUAAUGAAAAUUAUAGUGCAAGGCAAAUAAAUGGUGAUUAUACGAUGGAA